AUGAAGGGGACGCACCCUCUCGCCGUCUCACAACUCUUGACUGCAAACUCCAUCCGAAGUUAUAGCAAAGAGUACAACAAGAGUUUGGUGGUCCAAAGGGACACACGUGUGACUUGAUGGCACUUGAUUCGAACGCAAUGACAGAGCAGGAUGGUUCCCUGUUACCGCCUUUUACGCCCCACCCGUCGCCGCAAUCCUGUGGUGUCAAUUUCUUUGCGCAAGAUCUAUCAAGUGGAGCCCCGUUUCUGGAGUACCCUUGCGUUUUCCCGCCUCUCUUUCUCUCUGAUGGGUCCUGUUCUGCGUUUUCUGAGACCCCACGGGCGGUCGUGCACGGAUCAUAGCCUUGGAUGUUUAUCCGAAAAGGUAUUGGUGGCCUCUUAUCCAGAGUUGUGCCAGUAAAUCGUGUAGAUUAGCAGUAAAGGGGGUGGCUGGGGCACUUCUGUUACCUUCCAAACAAGGUUGGAUUCCCCAUCCUGGGAUCCCUGAAGAUCUCUGGGCUUUUGGUGUACGAUAUUAGGGUAUAUCUUGCAGUUGACUUUGAACAGUAACUAUAAACGCAUUUGCAAUUGCUUUAUAAAUUUCAUCUUGUUCCGUGGAAAGUGUACGUUUUACUAGUAUUGUAUACUUUGAUAGAAUAAAACUUCAAUGUCUAUUAUUUGAGCGUUUCCUCCUCUUCCAUUUACUAGGAUUUACCUGUGGUCGCAAAGCUGUUCACUCCUUCUGUGAGGUGUCCAAAUUGUAGUUAUAGCAAUGAUUCCAAUUUCCGCUUUUGCCAACGAUGCGGCUAUAAAAGAAAAAUCUUAAACAACAAAAGUAGUACGCCUUUCGAUGUGAAUGUGAACACUAUUGAUGAUCUUCUUCAACAAUUGGCCUUGUUUGAUCAAGCAACUUGUUACUCUAAACAUAAAGUUUCGCUUCAAAGGGAAUUAGAAAAUUUCCUUUCCUCUCCACCAGGCUCUAUUACAGUUUCAACUAUUACACCACGCAAUAUUUGUCGUUUCUUGGUGCAUAAAGACAAGAAUGGGAAAACCCAGGUUCAUCGUAACGGAUGCCCUCAUCUGGGGAAGAGAGGCACAUUUGAUUGUGCUUGCCCGUUAAGACUUUCCUAUAAAACUGUAGAGUCGUAUAUUGGUAAAUUACGGGCGUUCUCCCACGCUAUUGGGCGUGACGGGGAAUGGGAUAGGCGCCUUGGC